CAUAACAAUAAAUAAAUCCUCUUUGUUUUUCUUCUUCUUUCUCUUUUUAUUUGACCGUUGCAAACUCAAAAUCUCUCUUAAUAUCAUUUCUGCAAAAAACCUUCAAGUUCAUCAAAAAUGGCCGACACAAUCGAUUCUCUGCACCAAACCCAUCUUUCAAAUCCUUCUUUUCAACCAAUUUUCUAUUCCCUGGAUCCUAUUUCUCUCAUUCAGUCACUGAAUCAUGUUAUGGAAAGAGGUCCCAGAUACCAAGCAUAUGCAGAUUUGAGAGAAAGCAAGCUCAGAAUGAAGUUUGAGAAGCUACAAGAAUGGGAAGAAAUGGAAGUUAAACAAGCCCCAGUGAAGAAACAAGUGAAAUUCAGUUCAAAUUCGGGGGUUUCCACGAAACGGUCCUCUGUUUUGAUUCAAUCGGUGCCUGAUUUUUCAUCCGCUUUACGAAAAGAAAACAGGAAGCCACCGGUUAACGGUUGGGUUGAAUCGACGCCGCCGAAAACGGAAAAGAGUUGGUCUAAAGCGAAUGGGGUGUUUUCGAAUUCGAAGCAACUACAAUGGGAAGAAACUGAAAUGAAGCGAACCCCAACGAAGAAACAAGUGAAGUUCAGUUCAAAUUCAGGGGUUUCUAGUAAAGAGCCCUCUUUUUUGGCUCAAUCAGUGCCCGAUUUUGCCACCGUGUUAAGGAAAGAGAACCGGAAGCCGCCGGUUACCGGCGGGAAUGAACUGACACCGCCGGCAAGUGGAAAGUAUUGGUCAAAUUCGAAAGGGAGUCAGUCUGCAAAUGCAGGGGAGAAGAAGAAGGCAAGGUUGGUGAUGGCGAGGAAGAGUUAUGCAAGUAUUGAAGAAUUGAACGCCAUUAAUGGCGUAAAUAGGGGAGGGAAGAGUAGAGCCAGAUUAAUGUAGGGAAGAAAGGAAAUAAGAAAAAAAGCUCUGAAUUUCAAGGUUUAUCGGUACUUAGUUUCCACGUUUUAGAGAGAUUCUUUCAUUGCUUGGUUUGUUAUGUUUACAUGUCGAGUGCAAAUAUAAGAAGAGCUUUUCUAUUCGGUAUUAUAUUGCUGAUAUUUCUUUGUGGAUUAUUAAAUCCGGGUUUAGUACAUUUGAUUUAUGUAAUCAUUUUUUUUUCAAGAAA